GGCGAUGUAUUUACCUUGCCUUGCAAUCUGACUACACUCAGCUUCACAAUUUGUUGAGCAUACCCCGCGACAGCCUUCUUGACAGCUACAUAACUUCUUCGUCUUGUUUCUCCACUACCAAUCACCAAACCUCCGAGUCGUACCGCCUCCACCACACUUUCGGCCGCCUGCAGUGUCUUUGUCUUAUCGUCUGCCGUUGAGUGGUGUCAUUCUAGGUCGCACCGGAUCCCCGUGCUCCUUACCGAGGCUUCUUAGGUUCGCGAGUCUUGGUUAGACAAGACUUGUCAAUUUCAUUACUAGGCCUGAAUCUGCAAGGAUUUAAAAUCCCCUAACUGCCUGGUCGGGGGUUCACCAAAUAACCAAUUACCAAAACUGUGUGUAACUGUUCAACCUGACCGAUAUUUAAGGAGAGGGGAGGGGGCGUGGUUCUCGAUAUUCGAAUAUCGCAACAAUGGCGUUGCCAUUGUCUCUUCACCAUGACGAGGAUCGUUCCGUUCUCCUUUCCGACUCGGAGGACGAUGACUUGCUUCCCGCUCCCCGUAAAGUACGUGGGCCGCCACGAGCCCACUCGAGAGACGGAGAGGAGUUAAUACGAAAAAAAACCAAAGAGGCGGCAGCCAACAUUCCAACUCACCCAAUCCCCGCUAUGCAGCCAGCCUUUGCCGAGUCCUUAGUCGAAGCCACGCAGAAUGUUGCACCAAAACCGAAGCUCAGAUUCGCCUCGGCGAGGGACCGCCGGAACUAUUUGUUAGAUGCAGAAAAGGGAGCUGAGUUACAUAACGAACUAUGGCGACAUCGACCUGGUCAAAAGUACCACGAGCUCUGGAAGCUCAUGGCCCAAAUAUCUUUCGGCGUAUACCUGAUGUUGAAUGGGAUAGCAAACAGCAAUGAGCAGGUGGUCAGUAUCCUUCAACGUCACAUAGACGAAGUGGACGAAUUUCUGGAAAUAUCGCUGGAGGAUAUCAACUUGGCGAUCAAGGAUCUUCGGGAGCGCUUAGAUAUCCUGAAAUUGCCAAUGGAGAAUAUUAGGACAUUCGAACAGAUGCUAGAAGACCGCACUUUUCGUUUGAAGAUAGUAACUGGAAACGAAAAGAUCGAACACAUCAUCUCUAGAACGACGGCCGUUCUCGAAGCGACGAUCGAAGACGUUGGUGAGGGGCUCGGAGCCACGAAGGAAUUCGCCAUGUAUCUCAGUGAUCAGCAAGACCGGACCUGGCGUCAACAACGCCCAGCAGUCGUGGAAAUCUUCGAUGCCAUGAGGGGGAAUGCCCAAGGCUGGUAUAAGGCCUUUGUCGAGAUGCAAGAGAAGACGUCAACUCUACGUGCAUUGCUUAAUAAGCUUGAGCAGAUGGUCUCGGAAAUGAAUUAUCGUGCUGGUGAAGUGAGCAGGAGAACGAGGACCAGCAUUGCCCCCUUCUCUAGUCCAUUCUCUAGCCCGGAACAGCAACUCUCGCCAAAGGUUAGCUCGUCACGCUCGUCGACCUUCUCGUUUGGUAGACACCCACCAGGACUCGUGCUUUCGAAAAGCAUGUCUCAACUAUCCAUGUCAGGCUCUAAUGCAACUAAGGAAACCCUCAUCGUCCAGUUCGCUGCUCCAAUGGAGCUAACAGAGCCGGUAGAGUUAGAGGCGAACAGUAUUCCAAAGACCAUCGUGACUGUUGAAGAAGACUCAGAAGAUUCGGAGGACUCGGAUGAUUCCGAAGACCUGGAAUCUGAUCAUGAAUCAGGGAAGGCCGAGCCGGCAGUAGAUGAGGGACUCUUUAUUUUGCAGCCGCGGACUUAUACCCCACAACCACCAGCGCCGAUCCCUUCACCGAGACUGCAAGACCCGCCAACACCGGACCGGGAAGAGCGACCAACAAAGCGAACAUCAUUGCGGCAAAGAUUGUCUGAAAAAGGGAACAAUCUACCCGAGGCCAUUCAAGUUCCUAUCCGUGCCACGCCUGUGCUCCAGAGGCCUAAGACUUCCGCUGCACAUCAGCAAUCUCCCAGACAACCAGUUCCGCGCGUUUAUCAAGCUCCAGACUCGGCUUAUGGCUCUGAUAACGAAACGCGUUUGCCUGGUCGUUCGAUGACCGAUGUUGGGGUUGUCACUAUCGCCAACAUGCCGCCGCCUGUCUUUCCGGCCGCCACGAUACCUUCACCGCUUUCUGACCAGCAACAUUAUUUCCCCGUGCGCGCAAGUCCUCAUUCGCCUCUACAGCAGAGGCCAUGGACAUCGGCCACGAAUGCUCCUCCCGACCAAAUGCGAAACCAGCCAUCAGCUAUGGGGAUGAGUACUUUGAGCAACAUGACAACCCUAAGUCCUGAGAGUAAUCAGAAGUUGAAAAAGAAGCGUAGCGCUUUUGGGUGGUUGAAAAAGGCAUUUUCCCUCGACGAGGAAGAACGCGCAGAGUUUGAAGCAAGAAGGGCUCAGCAGACUCCUAACCCAUAUUACGAAGCUCGAAGCCCGAGAUUUGUUGAUGGAAGACGUCGCCCGGAAUCUAGACGUCAACAAUAAGGUGAAUAGAAAGAAAGUUGAGCAUCGAGAAACUUUCUGGUUGGGGUUAGCUUAUAUCAAGGCAUUAUCCGUCUGCAUCGAUUCUGAUAGGGCAUGGAUUGGAUCAAGGAAUCAAGGAUGUGCGAUCGACAGGCACGGAAUGCAACAAAAUGCAUCAACUAAUCAGCUGGGCCAAGAAGCAGCCUCCAGUUAUGCGAUACAUGGAGUUUCUUCAGCUCCUUUAUCGGGCUAAAUAUCGACAU